AUGCUGCACGGAUGGAUGGACGCCGCCUCCGACAACGAUGGCGGCACCUCGAGCGUCACCGCCGCAUCACCCUUGCCCGGAGCUGCCCGGAGCUGCCCGGAGCUGCGACGGGCUCGUCCGGUCGCCUGUCGGGCAACCAGCAGCCGACCGAUGGGUGGCAUCGCAUCGGAAAGCACCAGUGUUCCUCGCUACCCGGACGAGGAUGACAAGCUGCGGGCGACCAGCCUGCAGGUUCGGCGCGGGGGAAACUGCCCCAACUCGCUCGAGGUUCUCCAGCAGCUGCUCAGGGCAGGCCGCGACCGCCACCACGACGUUCGCCCCUACCUGGUGACGUGCCUCCCCGACGAGUCCUCUCCCGCGACGCGGCUGGUCAUGGCCUCCUUCGGCGACGACAGCGCCGUCGACUUUGGGCACUGCCUGCACCGCCAGGGCCACGCCGAAGCCGCCAGCAGCCACAUCAUCCGGAGCGCCCGAACCGGCAGCCGCACCAUCGUCAACUACAACGAGCUGCCGGAGAUGACCGUCGGCGAGUUCGAAGCCGUCGCGCACGGCUUCCGCGCCGACCAGGACACCUGGUGGCACUUUGAGGGCCGAAUGCCGGAAACGACGCUGCGGUGCAUCGAGACGCUUCGCAAAACGUUGCCCUCAGCCAGCAUCAGCGUCGAGGUGGAGAAGCCGGGCCGCGUCGGGCUCGCCGAGCUGGCCGCCGAGGCCGAUGUCGUCUUCUACUCCCGCGCCUGGGCAGAGGUGAGUGAUGAAGGCAACGCACGUCGCCGCCGCGUGGCUCGACGGCCGACCGGUGGCCAUCACGUCUCGCUGACGGACGCCGCGCGCACCAUGAUGCAGAGCCGCGGCCACCAAUCCCCCGAGGCCUGUCUCAGAAACGAACAUCGACGACAAGAGUCCCUGGGGCUGUGCGCUUGGGGUGCCGAGGGCGCCGCGGCGCUGUCUCGGUCGCGGGGAAGCUGCGAGUACAUCCGCUGCCCCGUCGAGACUCGGCCGGGAGGAAUUCCAGUCGUCGACUCGAUCGGCGCCGGCGACACCUUGGUCGCCGGAAUGCUGUACGGCCUGACCAGCCAGGCAGGAUCGUGGGACGUCGAGCGGAGCCUGCGGUUUGCCGUCGACCUUGCCACCCUCAAGGUGCAGCGCGAGGGAUUCGGGGGGCUCGCGGCCGACGUGUGGCCGGCUCGUCACGGCAACAGCGUCGCCGAGCAUGCCAGGAGCAAACAAGCCCCCUGA